CAUCGACCCUAGUGUUUCGUUUCUAUGAAGUGCGGUUGUGAUAGCAGCUUGUAAAUUAUUCAGCGCAAGGCUCUGAUGGAUCUCUCAUGGAUAAGAAAAUGACAAAUCUAAUCCGCUCGCGUCGGCUGAUUGGCACCUGAAAUCCAGAAGCCUAUUUAUGUGGAAUUGUGAAAUGUUAUAUAUUCCAUGAUUAAAAUUAAGAUUGCUACUGCAAUGUUCCGUGAAGUGGUGAAUUUAGUGAAAUGGAAAGCAAGCAGGUCACAACUGAGCAUUAUUUGUAAAUUUGUCCCCCAUGAAGAAUGGAGAAGUCCACAGAAACGUGCGGCAACUUGCACCAAAGAAUGAUGGUUCUUGCAAGUUGUUGCCUUUUCGUCAGAAUCAGCAAAAGAUGAACGUUAGCAUCUACGAUUAUCCCAGAGAGAUCUGGGUGACCAUUCCGUUUUGGGAGAUUUUAGUCAAAGCCGCCACCUUUCUGCCAUUGAUCACGUUUGGUAUUUUUGGCAAUAUCGCAUUGCUAUGCAUCAUCUUCACCAUUCGAGCCCUCAGGACGCCAACCAAUAUGUUGAUUGCAAAUUUGGCCGUAGCUGACUUGGCGACCCUGAUUAUCUGUCCGGUGAUGUUCAUGCUGCAUGAUUUCUACCAGAAUUAUGUCAUGGGAUGUGUUGGAUGCAAGCUAGAAGGAUUUCUUGAAGGUUCGCUGCUCAUAACUUCUGUUCUGUGCCUUUGUGGAAUAAGCUACGAUAGAUUAACGGCAAUUGUUUUCCCGAAGAAAUCCAGAUUGACGAUGCGAGGCGUAACAGUUAUCAUUGCCUGUGCUUGGCUCGCGGGAUUUUUACUUGCUCUACCGUUAACAAUUUAUCGAAACUAUAAGGAACGGCAGUGGAAAAAUUAUUUGGAAACAUUUUGCGCAGAAAAUACGAGUUUUCUUCCGCAAUAUUGGCAUGUCCUGAUUGGAGCUUUGGUUUGGUUUCCACUAUCUGUAAUGAUUUGCUGUUAUAGUUUGAUAUUUCUUAAACUUGAUCGAUAUCAAAAAAGAGUAUUAAAUCGAGAGCAUCCAAUUUCAGUUUCGUACAAAAGAAAAGUAGCUAAGUGCCUAUUUGUAGUAUUAAUUGUGUUCAUCAUCCUGCGAAUUCCAUUCACCACUUUGGUUUUCAUAAGGUAUUAUCGAUUUUUAAAUGCGAACAGUGAUCAAAUUGGAAAAGAUUUUCAAAUACUUUGGUACGUGUCCCACUAUUUAAUGUUCUUAAAUGCCGCCAUCAAUCCACUGAUAUAUGGAAUGACAAACGAUAAUUUCCGAAAGGCUUACAAUAAGACGAAAAUUUGGAAAUGCUUCUGGAAAUCGGGACCAGUUAAGAAGGUGGAUCCCAGGAAAAAAGAACCAGCAGUGAAGAUCAUCGGGCAUCUCCAACCUCGCGGCCCAUGUGGAAGUGAUAAGUUUGUGAUCUUUUCAGAUUGGGUCAUUCAGCCUAAGCAAGAAGUUCAAACUUUUGAAUCACGAGAAACUAAAUCGUCACAGCUAAAAGCUACAACAGAUGAUGUACAGACGAAAAGCGAACGAAAAUCUUUGUACGCCUGCAACUUGAUUCUCGCAGAUCAGUUUCAAGGAAAACAAAAUAAUAUCCAAUCAGCAGGAUUCAUUUGAAUAUCAAUUUUAAAUACAAUAAACUGA